AUGUCUCAUCACAUCUAUCGCUCUCCAGCCACCAUCUCCAUCCCCCGCGAUGUCAACCUCACCCAACUUCUCCAUUCCAGCGCCUGCUCUCCUCCUCUCCCUCCCUCCCACCUAAUUGCGAAAGACAAUCUCACCAACCGCAGUCUCACCCUCGGCGAACUGCGUUCGCGAGCAGGACGCCUGGCCAACGGUUUCGCAUCGCGCUUGGGCGCCACAGAUGACGCGCGCUGGGGCGUGAUCCUGCCCAACUCAGUUGAUUUCAUCGAAGUUGUGCACGCCGUGCUCUGGACGGGAGGUGUCUUCUGCCCCAUCAACCAUGCCCUUAAGGCGACUGAGAUCGCGCACGGCCUGUGCAUCUCCCAACCCAGCUUCCUCGUCGUAUACGGGGACGUGCUAGACAAGGUCGAGGAGGCGAUUGCCAUCGCGCGCGACGAGCUGAAGAAUUCCCGAGGUAUCACCUGGACGAGACCCCGCGUGCUCACGAUCGUCACGAAACGGCCGGGAUACGAGCACGUCCCGGACGAUUUCCUCAUGGACCAACCCCUCCCCAUUCCCCAGUGGAAGGAUACGUCAACCCGCUUGGCCUCGAUCCACCUCUCGUCGGGGACGACAGGACCGCCCAAAGGCGCCGGACUGACGCACUACAACUUCGUCGCCAACUGCUACCAGCUCUAUGCCCACGAUCCGCGGCAGUUCCACAAGUGGACGCGCACCGUUGCCUUCACGCCUUUCGUCCACAUCGCCAUGACAACGAUGCCGUUGUUCUUCGGGCCCUGGACGGGCAUGAUGCACCACGCCAUGCCCAGCUUCGACCUCGAGACCUUCGGGCAGCUGGUCCACUCCAACGCGGCCACCAGCUUCCAGGGGGUGCCCUCGGUUGUCCUGUCGCUGGCGAACACGGACAUCUGCGAGCGGUACGACUUCUCGAGCGCCGAGAUCAUCAACGUGGGCGGCGCACCCUUCAAGCAGGACCUGCUGGACAGGCUUCUGAGCCGCGCGCCCUGGCGGACGAUCCAGCUGUACGGCAUGACGGAAGCAGCGCCCUAUGUAGCGUACCAGAAGCUGGACGACACCAACCUGCCCGACGGCGCCGCUGGCCGGCUACUGCCAGGCAUCGAGGCAAUGCUGAAGAAAGAGGACACGACAGAAGACGCGCCCCACGGCGGACCAGGCGAGCUGUGGCUGCGCGGGCCCAACAUCUUCAGCGGGUACGUCGCCAACGACGAAGCGAACCGGAAGGGAUUCCCGCUCCCGGGGUGGUAUAACACGGGGGACAUAUGCACGAUCACGGACGACGGGAUCAUCUCCGUCGUCGGCCGCUCGAAGGAACUGAUUAAGUACAAGGGCUUCCAGAUCAGCCCCGUCGAGCUGGAGGCGCAUCUGAACUCGCACCAGUUCGUGGCUGAGGCCGGUGUAGGCGCCGUCUGGGACGAGUCGCAGCUGACGGAACUGCCGACGGCGUACGUGGUGCUGAAGCCAGAGCUCUUCCGGGACAAGACGCCCGCGGAGAGACAGGACGCGCUGCGGCUCAUCCACCGCGACGUCGACCGUCUCGUCAGCGGGUACAAGAAGCUCCGCGGCGGCGUGUGGGAGGUCACGGCGCUGGUCAAGAACCCGACAGGCAAGCUGUUGCGGAAGCAGCUUGGCGAUCGACGGACAGGCAUUUGUUCGUUGGAGAGGGGUUCCACGAGAACGAGGUUGUAG